AUGGCAUCUUUCCUGGAGCAUGGCGUUGCCUCGCCGCUCACGGAUCGCACAACAUUGUCACGACCAAGAACAGCCAUGGAUUCAAUUCCCACCGACCUGUCGAGCAGAUUCAAGCCGUUACAGGACGAUGCCAUGGAGUUGGUAUCACGCACCAAGCUGCUGAGUAUUCUCAGCCCGGACAUUCAAGGAACAGCGACCGCCAAGAUAUCUUCAUCGUACUAG